GCCACCACAACCCCCCAGUCACAGCCAUUGACCUCGCCUUUAAAUUGAUGCUAAUCGACUCUCUUUAGGACUACAUCUCGGAUCACCUCUGGAAAGCUUCAGGAAACUUUUGAAUCCACCCCACAGCAACCGUCUUCGUCUCUCAUCUCUCCAAAUAAAUACCUCCCAUCACAAUGUUCGCUCGUGUCUUCAAGGCAAUGCCCGCCCGGGCUCCCGCCUUCACUUCCGUGAAUGCCUCCAUCCAGUCUCGCUUCAUGGCCACCGUUCGUCAGGGACGUCCGGCCCAUGAGCGUGCCACCUUUACGAUCCGAGAUGGCCCUAUCUUCCACGGCAAGUCCUUUGGAGCCCGCUCCAACAUCUCCGGUGAAGCCGUCUUCACCACCUCCCUUGUGGGAUACCCCGAGUCCUUGACCGACCCGUCCUACCGUGGUCAGAUCCUGGUCUUCACCCAGCCUCUGAUCGGUAACUACGGUGUUCCCUCUGCUGAGAGGGACCAGCACGGUCUCCUCAAGUACUUCGAGUCCCCCAACCUCCAGGCAGCUGGUGUCGUCGUGGCCGAUGUGGCUGAACAGUACAGUCACUGGACCGCCGUCGAGAGUCUCGGCGAGUGGUGUGCCCGCGAGGGUGUUCCCGCCAUCUCUGGUGUCGACACCCGUGCCAUUGUCACCUACCUCCGUGAGCAGGGUUCUUCCCUCGCUCGUAUCACCGUCGGUGAGGAGUACGACGCUGAUCAGGACGAGGCUUUCGUCGAUCCUGAGCAGAUCCACUUGGUCCGCCAGGUCAGCACCAAGGCUCCUUUCCACGUCAGCGCGGCCAACCCUACCUGCCACGUUGCCGUGAUCGACUGCGGUGUGAAGGAGAACAUCCUGCGUAGCUUGGUCAGCCGCGGAGCCAGUAUCACUGUGUUCCCCUUCGACUACCCCAUCCACAAGGUCGCUCAUCACUUCGAUGGUGUCUUCAUCUCCAACGGCCCUGGUGACCCGACCCACUGCCAGGACACCGUCUACCACCUCCGUCGUCUGAUGGAGACCUCCCAGAUCCCCAUCUUCGGUAUCUGCCUGGGACACCAGCUCCUGGCUCUGGCCAACGGUGCUCGCACCAUCAAGCUCAAGUAUGGUAACCGCGCCCACAACAUCCCCGCGCUGGACACCACUACUGGACGCUGCCACAUCACCAGCCAGAAUCACGGAUAUGCCGUCGAUGUCUCGACCCUGCCUUCCGACUGGAAGCCCUACUUCGUCAACCUGAACGAUGCUAGCAACGAGGGUAUGAUCCACAAGACCCGUCCCAUCUUCAGCACCCAGUUCCACCCCGAGGCCAAGGGCGGUCCCCUGGACUCCUCUUACCUCUUCGACAUCUACCUUGACAGCGUGGUCAAGUACAAGAACAACCAGCUGGCGUUCCACCCCAACCGGAACACCGCCCCCAGCCCUCUCUUAGUCGAUCUCUUGGCUAAGGAGCGUGUUGGUGUUCAGCCUACCAUUGGCAUGCAGAACGUGGCUGCCGCCGCCGCUGCUGCCGUUGCCGCUGCUUAAGGGAUGUCAUUGGGAACUGGAGUCUGGGUUUGGGUUUGGUUGGAUUUCUUCGGUUGUACAUGAGUUG